UAAUUUUAUAAUCAGGAGUCCAUUAAGCGAAAUUUAAUUUAGGGGAGCUUGAAAUUCCGAAGCUGAGAAGCAGAAGACAAAUAUGAUUGUAUACUGUCCUGUAAUGUUACCGAGCAGCAGCAAGCUUGACGUUUGCGUCGUAUUAGUACUUUUAAUGAACCUCUGGCAAGGUGUUCUGACAAGCGACCUUUCGAAUUUCUGUUCUCCUGAUGAAUUCGACUGCCAGGACUCUACCGGCUGCAUUCCGGAGGACUGGGAGUGCGACGGAAUAUCAGACUGCGAAGAGUCCGGAAUAGAUGAACAUGAUGGAUGUUCCCAUGAGUGUGCCACUGGAAACUUCGAAUGUGUGAGUGAGAAUAAGUGCAUUCCGCAGGACUGGGUAUGUGACUACUUCCCAGAUUGUGCAGACCAAUCGGAUGAGAAGCAGAAUUGUCCCCCCUGUUCUGGAUUCACAUGUGGCAUCUCUGGAAUGUGCUUGGAAGAAAGAUAUGUCUGUGACAGCUCAAAUGACUGCGGAGAUUACUCUGACGAAUUAAGUUGCGAUCCGGACUUUCCAUUAUCCUACAAAUGUCCAAACUUUGAUAUUGUUGUGCCUGCUGAAAAAGUUUGCGAUGGAACAGAUGAUUGCGGAGAUGGUUCAGACGAAAUGUUGUGCAACUUCUGCACAAUUGAAGAAGCGCCUUGCUCUGACUUGUCGGGAUGUAUUCCCUCGGACGGUUGGUGUGACGGAACCGAUGAUUGUGAGGAUGGAUCUGACGAAACGUUUUGCGACACAUGCGAUGGUGAGUUUCAGUGUUUUGAUGGCUCUGGGUGCAUUCCGACGGUUGAAACAUGCGACGGUGCACCAAACUGCGAUGACGGAUCGGAUGAGAUGUUUUGUGAGAAUUGUACUCCUGAGGAGUACACUUGUUUCGAUGGAUUCAACUGCAUUCCGUAUCGCGAAAUGUGUGACGGGACACCACAAUGUAUGGACGGCUCUGACGAGGAGUACUGUCCCUGUGAAAAUGAGGAAGAUUUCCAAUGUGAUAAUGGAAAGUGUAUUGGCAGGGAGUUGACAUGCGUUGGCGAGGAUCAAUGUGGCGACAUGUCUGGUGAAAACGACUUCAUGUGCAUCUGUGAAUCUGGUUUCAAUUUCAGAUGCGCUUCUGGCGUGCGUCACCGGGACGCUUCUUCCGAGGCACAGUGUGUGCCCAUUCAUUGGGUGUGUGACGGCGUGAACGACUGCACUGAGGCUGAAGAUGAAAAUGUGGAGUGGUGUGACUUCUGGGGCUGGAACAGACCUUACUACGAAGUUGAUAACACUCAAGAUCUUCAAGAUAAACCUAGUGCAAGUUUUUGGAGUCGCUUUGUCGCUGAUAGAGGAUAAUCAAGCAUAUAGCGGUUACGCUAAAUUUUCGGAUAACGUGUUUUAUAGUUUUUAUAGUUUCAUUCUCACAACUGAAAGGUCGCUGAAAUUUGUCAUUAUCGCAAACAUUUUUCCAAUAACUAGUAGCAAAGACAAUUGAGCUUGCAAUAGUGCUAAAAACAAACUUUUUGUAUAUGAGCAUUAAAUUUACCGUAACUUAAUUUGAAACAGCAUUUUAUGUUGACGAGCUAUUUAAAGAAAUGUUUUUCCUUCAAUGGUUGAUCUGUGACAAUAAUAUACAAAAUAAUAUCGAAGUGCUUUCUGGGAAGUGAUAUCAGUACUGUGGUACCAUAUUUCUAAUCACCAGUUUGAAACAAAGUGUUGAUAAUGAAUAAAUAUGUUUGGAACCAAUAAUACUGCAUUGAAUUUAAUUAAUGAUUGA